UCGUUUAUUCCGGAUUCCCCUAUGAUAACGAGAACCACGUAUCACCAGUAAACGGAUCGGUUAUUGUUAAUGAAAACCAACAGUCAAUGUUUGCCUCUGUAGAUGUCGAUUUUGCCAAACAUUUUCGACGGUCAAACAAGCCGAGUGUGCUCGAAUUGAAGGAAAUGAAAGUCAUAAGCAUGCUUACGGUCCCUUCAAAUAUCGAUCUAUUGCAACGAAUCGCAGAUGAAGAAGAGCUAAUUUUGGAUUAUGACAUUGACGAAACCUAUUCGCCGAUGAUUAGAAAAGAUUUUAUGUGUGUUCAGCUUACGGUAAAUCAUUGCGCACUGACGGUCGUUGGCUUCGGUGAAACGUUACUCGACAGUCAAGAAAAUGCGGCUUAUGAGUGUUUGACUCGUUUAAAAUUAGUCCUAGAAAAUUAAAUGUACGAUCAAAGCAGUAGAUGUCUACAGUUAUAAUGUGAUACAAGCGGAUUAAACGAGAUUUCAAAUAUUUAUCGGCCGUGUGUGUUUGGGUCACUGUACAUCAAUAAGACCCGAUGACAUUUUAGAUUGUCAACAUCGUAACCGUAUAGGAACAAUACAAAUUGAAAAUAUCGUUUAACACAGUAUACAAUCCAGCUUCGUAGAAUAUCUCACUUUCUAUCGACAUCUACUUUUAAUUAUUUAA